UCCACUUGCAGUGUCCGGCGUAAGCUAAAGCUGUUUUCGCUCCUCUCUUCUCUGUCUUUCGCCCCCCUUAUAACUCUUUCUCCAAGAAAUCCUCAAACUAUUCCAAGUGGUCCUCUUUCUUUCCCUUUUUUUUUGUUUUGAAACCCUCCCCUUUUGAUCUUUCACGUAUUUAUUUCAACCCCUCCCACGCGGUUUUAAGCUUAACAUGACCUCCAACACAAACCCACAUUGACCCAAAACCAGCAAAACAACCACAAUGCCUUCCUCGCUGCAGCUCCACCGAGCCGUCUCCGCCACCACCACCAUCGGUUGCCACCAAAAACAAGCUCAACCCACCACCGCUUGCACCCUCACGAGGCUUCUCCCUCUUCCUUGCGGUGUCUCGGUGCCUGACACGGUGGCGACGUACCACAUCCACACGGUGGGGCCUAACCAGUGUUGCUCAGCCGUGGUGCAAGCCAUCGAAGCCCCUGUCGAGACGGUUUGGUCAGUGGUUCGUCGCUUCGAUAACCCUCAAGCUUACAAGCACUUCCUCAAGAGCUGCCAUGUCAUCGUCGGUGACGGCAACGUCGGGACCCUCCGCGAGGUCCACGUCGUGUCCGGCCUCCCCGCCGCUUCCAGCACGGAGAGGCUCGAGAUCCUCGACGACGAACGUCACGUGCUUAGCUUCAGCGUGGUUGGAGGCGAUCAUCGGUUGACCAAUUACAAGUCCGUCACGACUCUCCACGCUUCUCCGAAUGGUAAAGGGACAGUUGUCGUCGAAUCGUUCGUCGUCGACAUACCGCCCGGUAACACUAGAGACGAUACUUGUAUUUUCGUCGACAUCAUUGUACGUUGCAACCUUCAAUCUUUGGCUCAGAUGGCGGAAAACAUGGCUAGAAGAGCAAAACCGUCAUCCCCAUAAUCCAAAAAAAAAAAAAAGUUCUAAAUCUCUUAAUUCUUUUCUCUUUUUUUGUUUCCGAGAUGGGUUCUAUUGUCUCAAUGAUGGAAGAUCGGCUAACGGGACUCAUACCGGGAAUUCCCAUAGAUCAAAUAGAAGCCUUGAAGUUGAAGGUGAUCAUACAGAACUAGUACCAUGACGAUGAUCUAAUGUUAUAAAACUUGUUUUUGCUUCUUCUUCACCCUUUUCCUUUUGUGAAGAUUUUGCUUUGAUCACAGUCAAUUUUUCUGUUCAUUGUCUAUGUAAUUAUAUGAAUGAACUGCUUUGUCUCAAUGUAGAAGGGGUGUUCUUUCUUCUUUCUUUCCUUACGUACGAAUCAGUCACAAAGUUUGCAGUAAUCCCUGUGGAUUUCCACUGCCCUUUAGAUUUCCUUCUUCUUUUACCCCUUAAUAUGUAAUUUUUUGAAUAUAUCAUAAAAGCACUAGGUAAUUUCAGUUAA